CGGCAGCGGCGGCCCCGGUUGUAGCGGCGGCGGCCCCCGAGGACGGCAGCGGCGGCCCCGGUUGUAGCGGCGGCUUCGCGCCUCGGCCCUGCCGCAUCAUGCCCACCGUCGAGGAGCUCUACCGCAACUACGGGAUCCUGGCGGACGCCACCGAGACGGCGGGCCAGCAUAAGGAUGCUUACCAGGCGAUUUUGGAUGGUGUGAAGGGAGGUGCCAAGGAGAAGAGACUUGCAGCCCAGUUUAUUCCUAAAUUCUUCAAGCAUUUUCCUGAGUUGGCUGACUCAGCUAUCAAUGCCCAGCUGGACCUCUGUGAGGAUGAAGAUGUUUCUAUCCGUCGCCAAGCAAUCAAAGAAUUGCCUCAGUUUGCCACUGGAGAUAAUCUUCCUCGGGUAGCAGACAUACUGACUCAGCUUCUACAGUCAGAUGAUUCUGCAGAAUUCAAUUUGGUGAACAAUGCUUUGCUCAGUAUAUUCAAGAUGGAUGCUAAAGGGACUUUAGGAGGCCUGUUCAGUCAAAUUCUUCAAGGAGAGGAUAUUGUGAGAGAAAGAGCCAUCAAGUUCCUUUCUACAAAACUCAAAACCUUGCCUGAGGAGGUGAUGACAAAGGAGGUAGAAGAAUUCAUCUUAACUGAAUCAAAGAAGGUCCUGGAAGAUGUAACAGGCGAGGAAUUUGUUCUAUUCAUGAAAAUACUGUCUGGAUUAAAAAGCUUACAGACAGUAAGUGGCAGGCAACAGCUAGUGGAACUGGUAGCUGAACAAGCUGACCUGGAGCAAACGUUCAAUCCAUCUGAUCCAGACUGUGUGGACAGACUGCUGCAGUGUACUCGGCAGGCAGUGCCGCUCUUCUCGAAAAAUGUUCAUUCCACAAAAUUUGUUACUUACUUCUGUGAGCAUGUGCUGCCAAACCUCAGUUCUUUGACUACACCAGUAGAAGGUCUUGAUAUCCAGUUAGAGGUUUUGAAGCUUCUUGCUGAAAUGAGUUCAUUUUGUGGUGAUAUGGAAAAGCUUGAAUCGAACUUGAAGAAACUGUUUGAUAAAUUACUGGAGUACAUGCCACUUCCUCCAGAGGAAGCAGAGAAUGGAGAGAAUGCUGGCAAUGAAGAACCCAAGUUGCAAUUCAGUUAUGUGGAGUGUUUGUUGUAUAGCUUCCAUCAGCUGGGGCGUAAACUUCCAGACUUCCUCACAGCCAAGCUGAAUGCAGAGAAAUUGAAAGAUUUUAAGAUCAGGCUACAGUAUUUUGCUCGAGGAUUGCAGGUAUACAUUCGACAGCUUCGUCUAGCACUUCAAGGAAAAACUGGAGAAGCCUUGAAAACGGAGGAGAACAAGAUUAAAGUGGUUGCCUUGAAAAUAACCAAUAACAUAAAUGUUUUAAUCAAGGAUCUCUUCCAUAUUCCUCCUUCCUAUAAAAGUACAGUUACGCUGUCCUGGAAACCAGUACAGAAGGCAGAUGCAGGUCAAAAAAGAACAAGUGAAGAUACAACCUCAAGUUCACCCCCGAAGAAAGCUCCAGCAGGACCAAAAAGGGAUGCCAGGCAAAUAUACAACCCUCCCAGUGGAAAAUACAGUAGCAACCUGGGUAGUUUUUCUUAUGAGCAAAGAGGUAGUUUCCGAGGUGGACGAGGAAGAGGCUGGGGAGGACGUGGCAAUCGUAGCAGAGGAAGAAUCUACUGAGUAGACCAUUACAUCUUCUGCAGCCCUGAUAGGCUAAAGUGAAAGUACUACUCAACAAAAGAUUGCCUGGAGUAUUGUUUCCUUCGAGGACUGCCUUCCACUAAGACUGACUUAAAUGUUCUUUAUACCUUUGUAUGUAUGAUCUACUUUUCUAACGGACUACAACUUGUCCAUAGUGAAACUACAACUGUAUUUUUGGAUGCUUACAGUCAGCAGUUUAAGGUUCUUAUUUUUGAAGUGUCUUCAGGAUUUAUUCAAAAUUGGAAAACAGCAUAGAUGUUUUAUCAAUAGCUGCAUCUUGGCAGUUUGUAUAUUAACCUAAAAAUCAGCUACUGCAUAACUGAAACUAUGUAAUUGAGUUUAUGUAUUAAAUAAUGGACAGGAAAGGCAUGAUUACAGAGAUACAUGUCAGAUAAGCUUAGCAGCUGAAGUAAUCCUUUCCUCAUCUGUAACCAUAUUUUGCAAUAUGUGGAGAAGAGUAUCAUUGUUAAAUUAGCUUUUAUUUACUUUUUAUAAUGGAAUUCACUGAGACAAAUGCUGGAUUUCUAAAGUUUGCAACAUGGGUGGAAAUUUUUUUGCUUGUAGCAUGAAGCAGUCCUUUUACUUAGAGAUGUGGAGAAUGUGGUGUUUUUUGUUUUGCACAUCUUACUCUUCUCCGUGCAUUGUAAUGCAAAAGUGACGUUUUGCAAAUGAAUUUUUAAUGUUUAAUAUGAAUAUGUGCAUAUACUUAUGCCGUGAAAUUUCAGUAUAUGAACAGGAAAAAGCAAAACAAUAAAUGACUAGAAUUAUUCCAGGAAUGGGAAAAGACUGAUGCAGUGAUUAAGCUUCAUAAGCCGGAGUUGGACCAUAGCAGUACCUGGCUCUUUCCUGUGUAUUGCAGAUUUCUGGGUUUGUUGGCACUAGAGGCUUUUUUUUUUCUUUUUAACCAAUACACUUGCAUUUACAAAAAAUAUAAAUAAAAUUGUAUUUUGGGUAACAUUUGAAAAAAAUCCAGCUAUGUAGUUUAAUUCAGGUGAAAAAUUAAAGAUUCCAUGCUAUUUUUUUUCAUAGCAACUUGGGAUUCUUAUUUACUGGUGUACACCCAGAAAAUACAAUGUAAGAGCACAAUGCUUUGCCUUUUUUUUUUAAUAUGUAUUCUCACCACUUAAAAUUUUUACUUCUCAGGUCAUUGAACAUUGUAAAGAGUUAGCCGAUAGAAGAAGUGGGGCAGAGGAAAAGAAUUCUAGUAAGUGUUCCAGGGCACGUUGAUGUAAAAUAGCUUAGGCUUUAGAGGAUUGAAGAUUUUUCUUAUCCUUCUUUUUUCUUCAGCCAUUUGAUAUCCACACACACAGACAAAUGCCUGAAAGUGAUGUUUUCCCAACUAGUUUUGUUGUAUUUGUGAAGAAUAGUUUGUGACUCUGACUUGGGUGUCUUCAUAAACAUUCUGAUAUCUACCAUCAGAAGGACAGAACACCAAAACUAUGUCAAAGUUAGAGAAGUUGUUGACUCUGAUUUUGAACUUGGUUUUUGCUGAACUCUAGAGCAAUUGGCAGCAGCAAACUUAGGACAUUCCAGGGCAUUUGAGCUGACUUUGUAUUUCUGAUUACAGGCCAGCUGCUAUAUUCAGAUUUGUCACUGAAACCAACAAACUUGAAAAAGAGCUUUCAAGUACAAAUUGACGUGAUCAAGAUGUCACUCUGAAAAUAGGCACUAGAUGGGUAAUAAACUUCCAUUGGAAAAAACUGGCAUUUUGCACUUGUGGCUAUAAUUUGUGUUUUGAGGGGAAUUUUAAAAUUAAAUCUCAAAGCUCAAAUGUAGCUAUAUUUAGAUUAGUGACUAGGUACUAGCAGCUUUUCUCACUAUAUUUUGAGUAAGUUUGCUUUAUGAGACUCCUGUUUUUCAGAAGUGAUGUGCAAAGUACUUGUGGCCUCAGAAGUAGUUAGGGUUUUUCCCCACUUCUUUCAAACUUAAUUUUAAUGCAGUGAGUUCUUGUGGAGACAGCUGUUUACCAUCUUGUUGAAUUGUAAAUGUUCCCUUACGCUUUUGGAAUAAAUUCAUUUUGUAAUUUU